UGUCAGCUUGACACGCCUACAAUGAAGUGAACCGUUUUCCUGGCAUCAUGCACGGUCUGCAAAUAAUUCUGCUACUCAAUGUUUUGAUAUGUCUCAAACAAGCUGCACGUGGAAGUGACAUCAUUGGUGGGGAGAAAGUCCCAAGGAAGUCAAUGUUGUAUAUGGUCUCAGUGCAAAACAAAAGUGGUCAUAUAUGUGGAGGAUUUCUGAUCACCGAAGACUUUGUUGUCACUGCUGCACACUGUGAUAAUGAAUACCCCACGCACGUUGUUCUCGGUAACCACAAUCUCAACAAAGGCCAAAAAAUAAGUAUCAUUAAAAAAUUCAAGCCUAGAUUCUAUCUAAGUGUUUUACUGGGUGACGACAUCAUGCUGCUUAAACUUUCUAGAAAAGCUCAGCUAAGCGACAUAGUAAAAAUAAUUCGACUUCCAACUGCUAAAAUAAACCUAAAUGAAAAUGAAGUGUGCAAAGUGGCUGGAUGGGGAAUAACGGAAAAUGGUACUCUAACCAAUAUACUGAGGGUGGUGAAUGUGCCUGUCAUUAACAAGAAAGUCUGUAAGAAGCAAUAUUCUGUCAUAAAUAUACGUCUUCCCGCCAACGUUAUCUGUGCAGGUGGCUACCCCACACACAAGGGAUUCUGCCAGGGUGAUUCAGGUGGUCCUCUAGUGUGCGCAGGAUUAGCUGUUGGUAUUGUUUCUUUUAAAAAAGGCAAGUGUAACUACCCUGAAGCACCCAAUGUUUAUACAGACAUCUCAAAAUACCUCCUGUGGAUCAAUGCAAUUCUGAAAAACCCAAAUAGUUAUUUGUAAAACUACAAUUGUUUUUCUGCUGUAUUGCUUCAUUUUGCUGUCAUUUUCUUUGUGUGACCAAAAACAGAAAUAAAAAUUGUAUCUGCUAGUCCACGGUCUGGUUUUAUUAGUAACAAUAUCAGAAGGGAAAUAUUUCAUUAAAAUAAUAACAAGGGAGUCCAGAAAAUAAUUUGGUGUCACAUGAAGAAUAAGCAACAUAUAGUAGUAUUAAGGUUAUCACCAUUACCAUUUCAAGAUGUUGCUGUUUUUCCAUAAGAUUAAAGUGACAUCUUUUAGAGACCAGUAUGUGUCACCACAGUAGUGACAGUACAUCUACACUGCUACACUGACUGGAACUAUUUCACAGAGUGAGAGUGAGAUGUCAAAUAAUCAAUAGUGAAAGCAUUAUUUUUGCAAUAUAUUUGGCAGCUAAUGAGAAACAAACUAAAUACUAACGAAUAUUCAAUGUGUACAUGACUGCUGAGUGAGCAACAGCAAUAACCGUAAAAGAGACACUCAUGUAAUCUACAAUGAUGGGUAGAUAAGGUCAAAAUGUUAUUAGUAUUGAUGCCAUCUAGUGGUGUACAGAUUGAUACCAAUUUUUCCUAUAUAAAAUACGUUCUAGAAUCAAUUCUCAUAUUAAAAUAUUGAUAUUAAAAUAAUUUGUGGUAAAUUAGAAGUUUAUGAUUGACAGGAAAACAGUGGAAAUUAGCUAUAUUAUUGAGAUUGUCUAAAUGAUUGGUAGGAACUACUAUUUCUGCUUGUCAUGGUGAUAUGAGAAAUAAAUGCAUCACAGCUCACAUAGUAAUCAAAUCUGGCAGUCAUUUAAUCUCUUAUGCAUAUCACUAAAAUAGUUUAGAAAAAGUACUGACUGCAUCUUAAGGAUGUAAUUUUGCUGAAGGAGUAAUGAGUUUUUUAAAAUUUGUUCACAACAGUGCUCUAACUGUACAUCACCAAGUUGAUUAAAAGAAUGUAUAGAGCAUUGUUGUAAACUAAUUUUGUACUGUGGUAAUUUGUACAUCCACAUGCUUUUAGAAUGUUUAUAGAUAUGGAUGGUCCAGUUUUGGAUCACUGGGUGGUUGUCAUACUCCGAGAGCAGGCAGGACUCAAACGCCGACUCCGAAUGCAGUUCUGUGAAUUUAUAUACAAUGAUAGUAAGCCCCAGGGAAGGCCCAGGACACCCAGGACCAGAGAUUAUAUCUCUCGGCUGGCCUUAGAACAUCUGGGAAGGCCUUGGUGUUCCCCUGGACAAGCUGGAGGAGGUGGGCUUCUCUGCUAAGGCCGCUGCCCCCGCAACCCGGCCCCAGAUAAGUAGAAGAAGAUAAAUGAAUGAAUGAAUGAAUAACCAGAGUAAACAUAAAAUGCUCUUUGUAAAUGAUUAUUUUAUUAAAUAAAGAAGAAUUGUUAUCCAAAUCUACCUGGUCCUGUGUGAAAAUGAAAGUGCCCCUUUUGUUAAAAAUAAAUUAACUGUGAUUAACCACAUUUUUUAGUUUAGUUUCACUAAACACACUCAGGCCCAAUUACUGGCAGACUGGGUAAAUCAAGAACUCAGUUCAAUAGAACCCAUGUGACAAAUCAAAGCAGGCUAAAAGAACUCAAUAAACAACACUUCAUACAGCAAUCUAAAGAAACACUUGAGAAACAAAGUCACUGAUAACUCUGUGACCAAAAUUACUCCAAGCGCACAUCCAUGAAUUAUCCAGGUCACAAAAGUACCCAGAACAACAUUAAAGAACCUCAGGCUUCACGUGUCUCAGUCAAGCUCAGUUCAUGAUUAAACAAUAAAAAAAACUGGGCAAAAAUGGCAUCCAUGGGACAGUUUAGGAGAAAACCAUUGCUGACCAAAGAGACAUUUGCUAAAACAUAUCUUGAUGAUCCCCAAGACUUGAAAGACUGGACAAAUACUUUGUGGAAUAAUGAGACAAAAGUUUAAAUUUUGGAAGGUGUGUGCACCAUU